GAUUGGUCCCUUCUCAGAUACUUCAAUGGAGAACUAUGGAUAUGACUGGUUAGCUUUAUGUUCCUUUUUUCCUGUCCGAAAACUGACAUUACAGGGGUGGCCUCACUCUGAGUCCCUGCCAAAUCAACUUCAAAAUCUGACUGCCCUGAUAGAAUUACAUCUAUUUGGUUUUGGAAUAGAAGCUUUACCAGAAUGGUUGGGGAACCUUGUUCAUCUUGAAGAACUAGAAGUAGUGAAUUGUGCUAAACUUCGAACUUUACCCUCCAUGGCUGCUAUGAGAUGCCUCACUAAGUUAAGUGAUUUGUGCAUCAAACACUGUCCCUUGUUGGAGGAACUAUGUACUCCUCAAAGCGGCCCUGACUCUGAGUGGUCUAAGAUUAACCAUAUACCUCAUAUCUUUGUUGGUCAGAUGACUGUUCAGUAUUUACCUUAUCACAGCUGGACAAGUCUUCUGCCGCAAUGAGUCUUCUGUAUGAUGCAACUAAAGCUCGAGCAGCAU